CAAAACCGUCUAAUAUAAAUGGAGGGGCCGCGAUUCGAGUCGGUAUGUAUUGUUUACUUUAUAGCAGCGGCCGUGUAACAUAAACAGGGAAGGGCUUUAAUUGCGAGAGGGAUGCACUCAGACACAGGAUUCUAUGCGAUUUUGACCAUAAUCUACAUCAGCUUGCCGAUGGGAUUGUGCGUGCCGUUGCCGAGCAAGCCACAGCCACCAAUCUGCAAGCUGGUGCAGAUCAUGAACUUCAUCGGAUUGCGACUUCCCAACAUCACCGAAAACUACAGACUCGCGAACAACUUUGACGAGGAUGCGGCCAACUCCUGCAGCUCUGGGAACAUCCACGAGCCCUCCGCCAUCCCCGACAACAUAUCCGAAAGUUCAUACAACACGUUCCUGGUGAAACUGUGGAAGGUUCACACGAGCAGCAGAGAACAAAUGCUAUUAUUCAAUCAAAGCACUCUAAUACAGGAGAUGAAAGGCUUCAUCUCAGCCGUGAAGAAUCUAAUGAGAAAUCGCAGGAUCCCGAUACCGGCACACAAACCGACGACCAAUCCGGCCAACAAGAACAUGUCUGGUUUCGAAACGAAACUCUGUACCUACAUGGUCCUCAAGAGGUACUCCAUGUGGGUCGUCUGGACAAACCGCCAGCUGCUUUCAUAUGCGUCCUUGCAAAGGGUGAUCUGUUGUCAGACGAAAAAAAAUGGGAAGUGCAACUCUAUGGACGGACACACCAAGCGACCUGCACGUUGACACUGCAGAGACAAUCGCGACUCGGUGGUCGUAUUCAUCUGGCCAGCCGCUUCCACGGUGGCAGAAGAAGCAGUACGCAUAUGCAAUAAUUCCCGGUGCAAAUGUUGACCUAUUUAUUUUUUAAAAAGUAUUUUAUUGCCAUAUAUUUAUUUAACUAACUGCCGUUGCUUUUUUUUCUACUUGUAUUUUAGUGUACAACAUUUUUAACUUAAAAAAAACUAUUAUGCCUAUGCAGUUAGUGUACAUCCAAUCCCCACCU